AUGGCACAUAGACACAUAAAUACAGUUGUAACAGACAAAUUAAUUUCUGUUAUUGGAGAUGAAGACACUUGCGUAGGCUUCUUACUGGGAGGAGUAGGCGAAAUAAAUAAAAAGCGACAACCAAAUUUUAUGGUAGUUGAUAGAUAUACUCCUAUCAGAGAAAUAGAAGAAUGCUUCCAGAAAUUUUUGAAGCGUGAUGAUAUUCACAUAAUACUGAUCACCCAAAAUGUUGCUGACUCAAUUCGUCAGGUAAUUGAGAGUAAUAAAUCUCUACUGCCUGCAGUGUUGGAGAUUCCUUCUAAGGAUCGUCCCUAUGAUGGAUCCAAAGACUCAAUUCUAAGACGAGCUAGAGGGAUGGUUAGUGCUGCUGGAAUGUAUUUUUAA